GUCAUCAAGUAACGUUAGAGGGGCAGAGAACAGCAGAGCCGUCGGUGCUCCGCUUGUCUGUAUCGUCGGGACUUGGAAAGUGGCCGGGCGGGGGAGACGAGACGGGCAGCCAACCUUCGGGAUUCAGUGAAGAUGGAAAUAAGUCGCUGCUUUCGAAUAUCUCCUCUGUGCGCCUUCAGAGCCGCGCUGUAACGUCCAGGACAACUUACCUUGCGCUGGCUUUUGUACAUUUUCCGAUUUGGAGCCAGCAGCGCUAGCUAGCUGUAGCAGCCCCACCGCUGGUAGUGUCAGACACACAGGUACAGGAGAGUAGAGGAGGGCUUGGUGACAAAGGAAGGUGGCGAGGUAACGAUGAACCGCUUUCGAAAGUGGCUGUAUAAGCCCAAGAGGACGGACCCUCAGCUCCUGGCCCAGUUCUACUACGCUGAUGAAGAGCUGAAUCAGGUGGCCACCGAGCUGGACGGCCUCGACGGCAGGAAGGACCCUCAGAGAUGUACCCUGCUGGUCAACCAGUUCCGAUCUUGUCAGGACAAUGUGUUGAACAUCAUCAAUCAGAUCAUGGAUGAAUGUAUCCCCAACGACCGGGCCAACAGAGACUUCUCUGUCAAGUUCCCAGAGGAGAUUCGUCAUGACAACUUGGCCGGGCAGCUGUGGUUUGGGGCUGAGUGUUUGGCUGCUGGCUCCAUCAUCAUGAACAGGGAGAUAGAAAGUAUAGCAAUGAGACCCCUUGCUAAGGAUCUUACACGUAGCCUGGAGGAAGUACGCAACAUCACCAGAGACCAGGCCCUGAGAGACCUCAACUUGUACACGGACCGCAUGAAGGACGCAUUGCGACAUUUCGACGGCCUUUUUGCUGAGUUUGAGCUCAGUUAUGUGUCAGCCAUGGUGCCUGUGAAGUCUCCCAAAGAAUACUAUGUACAGCAGGAGGUGAUUGUGCUCUUCUGUGAGACUGUCGAGAGGGCCCUGAAGCUUGGCUAUCUCACACAAGACAUGAUCGAUGACUACGAACCUGCGCUGAUGUUUACAAUUCCCAGACUAGCCAUUGUGUGUGGACUGGUUGUGUAUUCAGAGGGACCUCUCAACCUCGACCAAAAAUCAGAGGACAUGUCUGAGCUCUUCCGACCUUUUCGCACUUUAUUAAAGAAAAUCAGAGACCUGCUGCAGACCCUGACUGAGGAGGAGUUGGUUACACUAGAGAGGAACCUGUGUAUCUCUCAGGACGGGGAGUUGUCCACAGAGCUGGCCACAAACUGCUCAUCAGAUCCCGUCCAAGAAAAUAACUCAUCCUGCAGCCCCGCUAAUGACACCUCCAAGGGAGAGAGUGAGGGGGAGCAGGAUCAUCUGGCUCUGUUUGUCCAUCCCAGCCAGGAGGAGGAAGUGGAAAAGGGCUGGGAGGAGGUAGAAACUGAGAGGGGGGAGGAGGAGGAGGAGCAGGAGCAGGGCCUGCUGUGUGAGGAGGCAGAGGAGGCCGAGUUGGCUUGCUCGAUGCAGUACGAUGAGGAGGAACUGGAGCAGCUCAACAUGAUGGUGUACCGCGUGGGAGACGAGAUGUCCAGCCUGCUGUCGCCUCCCAGCCAGGGUCAGUCACCUGCACACCACAUUCACAGAGGAGAGGCAGGAGUCUCCAGUGGGGCUUCGAGCACUGAAACGUCUCCCCGUAGGCUCCUGGUGGGCCGAGGAAGGACAGGCAUCUAUGUAGAGGAGGAGGACAGGGUCUUUCUCAUGGAGGAUCUGGAUGCAGCAGGAGAGAGCAUCACCAGCAUCUCAAGAGAGGCCAGUAGUUGUGUCGCCUCUCCUUCCAAAUCAUCACAGUCUCCUCGUUCCAUGCAGCGCAAGCCAGGACUGCGACCCGAUUCUACCAGGAACGGCUGGUACUCUGGGGCCCAGUCAGAGCAGCCAUGCCCACAGCCACGCAGCCAGAACACACACUGUCUGAAUGCAAAACGCCCUCCUUGCACUUCUGCUCCUGGCUCUGAACCUCUGCCUUACACCAACGGGUGGGAAAUGGGCUUGGAGGGGACAGCAUCUGAAACAGCUGAGGUCAUCGCCCACCGUAUGGGUGGGAUGAAGCUGUCUGCCACGGUCAUCUUCAACCCCCGCUCUCCGAGUUUGACAGAGCUGGCCGUGGAUAAGCUGUUACUGCCGCGGCCCGCUCCCUCCGAGAUUGAGCCCUGCGGCCCCCUGGUGGCCACUCACUGCCUGCUCAACUCCUGUGUCUGCUGCGGGAGCUGUGAGGAUGGCCACGAGGAUGCCAUGACCACAGAGAGCACUGGACUCGGGCUAGGCCUUCCUCUGGGUUUGGACAAACACUGCAAGACCGCUGCCCCCAGCACUGUCAUCCAGUCUUCUGCCUGCCGACUACCACCACGAGGUCACGAGCCUUGCAGUAAGGGUGAGCUGGCCCAGUUGACUCCCCCUUCUUCCCGCUGCUCUGCAGAGAUGCUGGAGGAGGAUUCAAACUUCCAGCUCUGUGAGAAGUGCCUAGUGGUAGCUCCGGGGCUGGGGAAUCAGGCUCAGGACUGCGGCUCCAGUGGAGAGGAUGGGCCCACUCUGCUUGGGACUGAAAAGAGGCAGCAGGCUAGUGAAUGCCGGCAGGGGGACAAGGAGACAGAUACAGACAAACCAGGAGCUAAAGACUCAAAGAGGGACACCAAAGAGGACAGCAGGAGGUGCUCCAGUUUUCAGAACUCCCCCCUCAGCUCUGUGUCAGGUAGUGACUGUGAGAGUGUGUCGGUCACCACAUGUAGUCUGUCAAGCAGUGCAUACACUCCCAGCCCUGUCAGCAGUCUGACCCCCAGCUCGGGGACGUCAGAAGACCUGGACCAUCAGGAGAUCCAGCUGGCCCUGCAAAACGCCAAGAUGGCUGCCAGGAACAAGAUCCGAUCGCGCUUCCACAGCAGCAGCGACCUCAUCCACCGCCUCUUUGUUUGCAUAUCAGGUGUUGCUGAUCAGCUGCAGACCAACUAUGCCAGCGACCUUCGCAGCAUCCUCAAGACUCUGUUUGAAGUCAUGGCAACCAAGUGUGAGCAGGAUGACAACGACAAGCAAAAGAAAGCAGCUCCUGUUCUGCGUAGUGCAGUGCUGGAGGACUGCGCUCUCUGUCAGGAGACCAUUUCCUCAUCAGAAUUGGCAGCCAAGGCCCGGGAGGGCCAGUUCGAAGACCCUCCAGACUGGGUGCCCGAUGAAGCCUGUAAUUCCUGCAUUGCCUGUAAGGCUCCCUUCACUGUCAUCCGCAGGAAGCAUCACUGUAGAAGCUGUGGAAAGAUCUUCUGCUCUCGCUGCUCCUCCCAUUCUGCUCCUUUGCCCAGAUACGGCCAGGUGAAGCCCGUCAGGGUUUGCACUCACUGCUACAUGUUUCAUGUCACGCCGUUCUACAGCGACAAGGCCGGCAUCUGACCCCAGAUCAUCACUGAUAGCACAGCAAGAACAUAUGCAACGGACAGAAUCACGGCUGUGUACAAAGCAAGCGUCACACUGCUGUGGUUAAAUUAAAUGGUUGUCAUUGUACCUGCUGAGCAAAGCCUCAGAGUAAGGCCGAUAGAGAUGACAUGAGCAAAGAGAGGAGACAUGCAGCCACAAGUGAUGACUUGACCCGUUUCUGUUGCUUCGGAGAGACUUGUGCGUCACCGGGAACCAAAAGCUUUGAUUUCAGUGCCCAGCCAACACACAAAUGAUUCACAAAUGCCUGCCUGACUGAAGAAGUGCAAAAGGGAGAGGGGAUAAACAGGCAAUAACAGAUUUUGAACUGGCAUCGUGCAGCAGUCCUCUGUAGCAGUUUGCAGCACAAACUCAUCACAGGCCACCUUGUUUGUUUUGUUGCUUUAGGUGUAAAUGAAAGGACUUGUGACAUAUUUUCUUAUGCUUUAGCGAGCUUCCUACAUUUGUGCCAGAGCUCCCACGGGACUCGGAUUACUCAAAAGAAUGUAAGUCAUGAUAACCAUGUACAUAGGGAUAAUUCUGGUAAUAGCUACACUACAAUGUCUUCAGUAAACUGUUGCUAUUUAUUUGGGAACUGGAAAGGCUAUCUCCACCAGACCACCAGUCCCAGUAAAGCAAAAAUGAAAAUAACAGCUUUUAUAUUGAGAUUCCUUUAUGCUUUUAAUGGCAAUGAAUGUGUAAUUGUGUAUCACUUUGUGAAACGGGAAAGUUUUUGGCAAGUUUGACAGAUCACCUCUGGAUGGCAAUGGGCUGCGCCCCUUGCUUUUACAGUUGCACCACAGCAUGUUUAGUUUUCUCUGGGGACUCCACUGCACACUGAGAUGGAUAAAAGGGAUCCUUAGUCAUCACUGUCAGGUCUUUGAAGGCCCCCUAGUGGAGAGUUGACCUCUCUUCACUCAGUGCUCUCUUCACCAUGUUGUGAAUAGUUGGUUCUGAACCAGAGGCCUUCUCAGGUGCUGGCCUACACACUACAGGCCAAUUAUUGUCCACUGAAUUCUCUUCCUCACACUCCAUAUAGUGCAAUAUUGGGACUGCUAACUGCAAUGGUCGUGCACAUUUUAGAAUCAACCCUUUGCUAUUUAGAUUGUAGUUAUAUGCCAUUUCUUAAGAGAGAUGUUAUAUUGGGGUUUACACUAAAUUAUUUCCAUUUUUGGUUGUGGCGGUACAUGGACAGGAACAGAUAUUUUGUUCCCAGACUGACUUCCUUUCUGCUCUUGAAUCUGCUUCCAUUGCAAGUGACAGCAUACAAAGUAUCUUCCACGCGCAUCAUGUAUUACAGUUUGUGCAUCUGAAUGGUUUGAAGUUGCCGAUCUACGGAAAUGGACCUUUGAACGACAUCGAUGUUCAUUCUGCUCUGACGUAAAGCAGUUUCUCAGGCAUUACAUAAUCAAAAUCACUCACCUACUGUUGGAUCAAUCCUGUUUUCAUCAAAGAACAUGUAAAAUCACUUUGAAAAGGUAUGUUUUUUUUUCUUUUAUAAAGAACAAAAAUAAUGAAUGAAGCUAUAAUUACUUUUAUGUAAAAUACAUGGAAACAUGCAGUAAUGAAAGUGUGGGAUAUUCUAUUAUUGUUUCAGAGCUUCGUCUUAUUUUGUAAAAAUUCCAGGACAUUUCCAUGAUAAGAGCUGUGUGAGAUAUUCAACGAACAAAUAAUGUUAUAUAGUUUUAAAUGCGAUGUAUAUUGAAAUAAAUUACUUUUUCCUGUUUA